AUGAAUGUGUUGAUGAUGCAAGAGAUUCUCACAAAUAAGACACUUGUUCGCAAUAUUUACCUCCAAAUCGUGCGUCACUCGUCGUCUCUCGGUUUGCUCUCCUGUUUGACGUUCCUCUUCUGCGUCUUCUCGUGCUGUGGAAUUGUGAUCUACGCAUUCAGUCGUUGUGGAGAAGAAGAAGAAGACAUCAGAAGACACGAUGAGGUCAUCAAUGUGCAUGUGACGUCUUCUGCUUCAGAAGCGCCGUCCUCGUCGACGAUGUCAUCGAUGAAGUCUUCGUCUUCGACAAGAAAGUGA